CUGGACAAACACAAUUCGCCCUUUCUCUAUCUUGCAAAUCAGAUCUUUUCAAUCUCUUUGUAUUCCCAGAUGGCACCAAAGGCAGCAGAGAAGAAACCGGCGGAGAAGAAGCCAGCGGAGGAUAAGAAGGCUGAGAAAGCACCGGCGGAGAAGAAGCCGAGAGCAGAAAAGAAGUUACCUAAGGAAGGUGCCUCCGGCGCUGACAAGAAGAAGAGGCGGACAAAGAAGAGCGUGGAGACCUACAAGAUCUACAUCUUCAAGGUCUUGAAACAGGUUCAUCCGGAUAUUGGGAUCUCGAGCAAGGCCAUGGGGAUCAUGAACAGCUUCAUCAACGACAUCUUUGAGAAGCUAGCUCAGGAGUCCUCUCGGCUAGCUAGGUACAACAAGAAGCCCACCAUUACUUCUAGGGAGAUUCAGACUGCUGUGAGACUUGUUUUGCCAGGAGAGCUUGCUAAGCACGCCGUUUCAGAGGGUACGAAGGCGGUUACCAAGUUCACUAGUUCUUAGGUUAGGGUUUUAUUUUGGGGAAAAAAAGUUUGGUCUUUCUUAUUGUAAAGGCUGAUUUGAUUUCUAUGUUGAAUUAGGGAUUUUCUGAUGCUUUUUGUAACUAAUGUAGUUUCAUGGACUUAAAUGAAAAUGAAAAAAGCUAAAUAUUUUGUUAAUUUCAA